AUGUCAAACGCCUCAUGGACUCCCGAUGAACCUGCAGACGUUCUGUUCAGCGAGAAGACCUGGCUUCAAGGCGCCAUUCUGACUGGCGUAGGCUAUGGGAUUGUCUUCACCCUCUUCACCCAAUGCUUCCGUGCUCUUCUCCUCGACAUGAAUCGGGCGAACAUGAAGCGGAGGGUCUUCUUUCUGAUAUACAUCACUAUUAUGUUCAUUCUCGGGACGAUAUUCAUGGCUGCUUGUGCGGAGAUGACCCAGCUGUCGUUCAUCCAGUACCGCAAUUAUCCGACAGGCCCUAGUGGAUACGAGAACGAUGAGUUCUCCAUCCCCGCAGAUGAAGCAGGCAAUGUUGCGUUUGUAUUGACGAAUUGGUUUGCCGAUGCCCUACUGGUUUGGCGUUGCUCUAUUAUUUUUCGAGGCGUUGCAACGACUGUUUGGAUACCACUCUUGCUACCGGUUCUGAUGUACCUCACCGAGCUGGCGAUGGGGCUUCUUUGGCUCGUCCAGAUCUCUACGCCCGCAUCCUCGCCUUUCCAAACAGGCUCGGCGAGUAAGAUCAACUGGACCGUGCCAUACUUCAGCAUCGCGGUAUCCCUGAACGUCGUCGUCACUCUGAUGAUCGCCGCUCGGCUCUGGCUGUACCGAUACCGAAUCACGUCGGUUCUCGGCAUGGGCCACGGGUCCCACUACACUGGUAUCGCAGCCAUGAUCGUCGAGUCGGCGGCAAUCUAUUCAACCUUCGCUCUUCUCUUCAUUAUCCCAUUCGGCGUGAACAACUCGAUCGCCAAUACGUUCCUUCAGGCGUUGUCCCAAGUGCAGAUCAUCGCACCUCUUCUCAUUAUCUACCGUGUCGCCCGAGGCAAAGGAUGGACGUCCGACACCUCCACCGCUGUUAUGUCUGGGAAGACGCGUUCCACUACGUUCAGUACGAGGAACAAUACCAGUGCCAAGAAUCUCUCUGGAUCCUACGUCAAGGCUGGACCUAACAGCUUCAUGGGUAGGGCGACGGACCAGAAGGGAACGGACAUUGAGCUGGUUGCGAUAGAUGACAGCACUGUGCGGGGAAGCGUUAGACCGAUGCGGUAUUCGGAGCCUGAUGGUGGAGGUUACGGUGAAGCAGUAUGA